AUGAACGCUUCUCUGGUCGCUUUUGCUGUGCUUCUAUGCCUCAGUCGUUGUUUGGCGUUUGACUGUCCGAAACAGUGCAGUUGUGGGGAGACGAUCCGGUGCAAAGUGAAAGACUUGAGAAUCUUAAAGAAGAUUUUACCUACCAAUAUAACGCGACUGUAAGUAUUUUUAAACACAAAGCGUUGGACUGAGCUUAGCACAGAGAUAUACGCACCGGCAUAGUCCGCACUAACUUGCAUGGUUUGUCUUAAAAAAUAAAUUUAAAAUUAAAGUUGAGACAAUGAAUAUGACGAAGUCGUAAAAGGAACUUUUUGAAGUAAUGGUUAAUUCGAGCUCUUCUGAAGAAGAAAUAUGAUUUUUCAUAAACUAAUUAAUUCUCAGUGAUGUCUUGCGAGGAAGAAGUGAAGAUUUGGAAUGGGUUUUGCUAACUUUAAACUAGACACUGAAGUCUAAUGCAAAGAAAAACAAGCUUAAAUCUGUUUUUCAGCUUAAAAGUAUGAAAGACUUUUUGUUUCUUACAUCCUCGGCCAGGUCAUCUUGUAAAACCGCAAAACGUGACCUUAAAAAUAAAAAGUGAAAGAAACGUUGAAAUCUAUGGAACGUUUUCUUUCACAGAUCGGGCUUGGGUGGCCAAAGUUAAGUGUAGCACAUUCAUAUGCAAAGGAGAUUAGUGGCAUCAAAAUAUUUGUUUUUCGGGGAAGUAACUCGAACUGUUUCCAGUAACUAAAUUCAGUUUUUGUGAUCCGGAAAUGAAAGGAGGAAAACAGUAAUUGCUUAGGGUUAAUUUACUGAGCACGUACGCUUUCUAUUUAAUGGAAGAUAUGGUUUUCGUUUUAAAGUGUUCGAAUCAAUUUAAUAACGUAAUUACAGAUAUCAAACACGCAACUACAAGCAACAUAGCAAAGAAAACUAAAAUGCUCAAAAAUUAUUUGUGAAAAUUGGAAGCCAAUAUUUGAGUUUAAUCUUUCAAGUUAGAGCGCUUAGAUUGCCCAAACUUGAGGGACUUUUAUGAUGGCGGAGUGCAAUUUUAAUUUUAAAUCAACACGCAGGUUUUGGAGCUGUUCUUACUGAAAAUUAUGAAUGAGAAAAAAGUGUAAUUGUUAAAACAAAAGGCGAUUAAACGACAGAUACCCUUACUGUUGGGUUUCCACGAAAAGAGAUCGCUUCGAUUACAAAAUUUAUAGAAUUUGCGAACACUGUUUAAAAGGUACUAGACCUGUCUAAACUUUUAUUUCUUACAACUUUUAGGUAAAGAUGAUUUAAUACUAAACAUAAGUAUAUAUAUGUAGAUAUAUAAUUAAAAUGAGGUUCAAAGGUUGGUCAUUUAUUUCAAAACGAACCGAGAUAGUUUAUUUACAACAGCCGCUAUCCUCGAGGAAAAUUUUCCAUGCGAAACAUGAUAACUUUCGUUUUUCAAUGUUGUUGACAGUUUCUACUACAUAAUUUCAUCGUUUAAACGUAAGAAUAAUGUGGAGGCUUAGUUGAUAUGACUGUUAAAGUGAUGUGAAAAGCGAAAAUUCCGAAACUGACGAAAGAAACAAAACAAGAAUGCACUUAACCUUAGCCAGUGUUGAAUUCACCAAAAAUCUCACAGUCAUUGACUUGUCACCCAGUUGUGCCAGGUCAAGGUUAGGUUGAUAAUUAACCCUUUGUGAGGUGACUUUCUCUCUGGAUAUUUCCCAGAAUUCUAAAUAUGUCCGUAUUAUGAGAAGUCUAAUUUUAUGGUUUAUCUUGAUUUUUCUUCCAGUGAUCUCUCGUCAGAUGACAUCACAAAGAUUCCUCCAGGAACAUUUGAAAACUUUACUUCGCUGCGAUACCUGUGAGUACUCGUAAUGUAUUCAUGUUGCAUGUUGAGGCUAAAAGAGAACACGAACGAUUAAAGGAACUUAAAUAUAGAAUCUCUCUUUGAAUUAAUACACAUAUCGUUUGUUCUUUGCAGAUCUCUCGCAAACAAUUCUAUCAGAUAUCUUUCGAGACAUUCCUUCAGAGGACUUCGCAAUCUUCGAGAAUUGUAUGUAUUGGUUUUUUCUAUUUCUAUUUCCAUCAUAAUGUGUGAUGACAGCUUAGAUUAUUUGAUAUAAAAUAUUUUUGAGCCUCAUUUACACUGGCAUUAACCUUGGCUGGAUCACUUCUCAACGAGAAGUUAUUGUAGACAGAUUUCCCUUCAACCCUUUACAAAUCAUCGACUAUCAAAGUUUCAAAGUAGCAUGCCAGUUUUCUCAUUAAACGAGUGGGCUUAGCAAGGUUAAAAUGUUUUCCUAAAUUUCCAUCAGCACAUACUGCGUAGGACAUACAACCAAGGAACACUUGUCAAAGGAAAACAUUUCAACAUGUACAGGGCCUAAGGUCACCAUGCGUUGUAUUUUAAAAAAGUGAUGUUCAUGCUCUUUGGCGAUAUUUCGUGUCUAACUAAUUGUUUCUUUUUUUUGCAAAAAGUUCUUUUCUUUCACGAAUUUUCCGAAAUUGUAUAGUCCAACCAUAAUAUUGACAAUAAUAGGUAAAGAGCGUUCAGACUUCAAUUGAGUGUCAAAAAACCGAAACCAAAGUAAUCCCAGGGACCAAUCAGAGCAAAGUUUUAUAUCAUCAUUAGCCAAUAAUAGGUCAAAGUGAAAACCAGCAAACUGCUUGAAGCGCGGGUAAACGCGAAUGACCUAGUCGCGAUUGUUCUAAGUUUUGUGUUGAGAAGGAUGGUUCUAGUUUUCUGGAUCAAUUAAAUAAUAAGAAAAAGCAAAGCCAAUGCAGUCCUGGCUGACUUUCGACACGCAUUAAAAAUUUCUCUAUAAUUUAAUUCAAAACAAUGUUCUCGUUUUAAUCGAUAUUACAACCUUUAUUUAUUUCAGAAAUCUGAAGGACAACGGGCAGCUGAUUAUAGACAAAGACGUGUUCGAAAGUCUUCCAUCUCUGCAAAUCAUCGGCGUGGAUAGCAAAAAUCUUCAAAAUCUGUCCGAGGAAUUUCGUAACAGGUCACACUCAGUCAACGUAACCAUCGAUAUAAAACAGGAAAAAGUCCAUUGCGAGAUCUACAAAAAGCCUACAGACGAGUGUAUAGCAAAUGAUUACCCCGUCUGCAAUGACGCUAUGGACAUCAGAGAAGAUGUCAUGAAACUCUCUCCAUUUCCUAAACAUUCGUGCGUACUUGCAAGAUGCGAGAACAAACAGAAGAAGAUCAAAGUCAUUUGUGUAGCUUCUAAAAUAAAUAACACAUGUUGGCCAGGGAUGAUUGGUGAAAACACUGGAGUAAAAUUGGCGUUAUGGACUUUCGGUCUUCUUGCAGUCGCCUCCAAUCUCCUCGUUUUGGGGACCUUGUUAUGCAACAGCGAAGUUCGCCGUGCACCUCUUUGUAUUUUCGUCAUGAAUUUACUGCUGGGGAACAUCCUUAUUGGUGCGCACAUUGUCAUAGUAACGGUAUCUGAUACGGUUACAUACGAGAACUCGUCCGAGUGCCAUAAAGAACGAUGGGAAGCCAAGCUUUGUGUACCGCUGUUCAUCGUCAAGUACAUCGGGCUCAUAGUUGUUGUGCUUUCUCUUUUGCUGGUCACAGUGGAGAGAUUUCUCGUUGUCAUAAUCAAAUCUGCUCAUUAUAUUGAUACUUGCCGAGCUGUGGGCUACGUGUUCGAGAGUUGGAUAUUUGCAACCAUAGCCACAGUUGUUCUGUGGACUAAAGCGGGAAACUGGGGCUAUCUUUGCUCUACAUUUGCCAGUGGAAAAUCCUUCACAGACAUAAACAGAGGAAUAAAUUUGACUCUUGUUAGUAUUUGCGUGGUACUUAUAUUCCUUCAUAUUUUUAUGAUUUGCCGAGCACCACGUAGAGAUCCUGUACUAUCAGCGACAACGGAUUAUAAAAACACUGUUCGCAUGUUCCUCCUUGUAUUAUCGACGUUUUUCGCCUGGGCAGUUCCGUACACGCUUAUUCUCUUCACAGUUCCUGCAAUAUUAACUGAAACAGUAGCUAUGCAAAGUAUGGCUAUUUCGCUUUCUUUAAACGCUUGCCUUCAUACAUUCCUGUAUUCAUUUGAUAACGAUCAUUUGGAAAAUCUGUACCGCGCUUUGUCCUGCCGAAAAGAACAGAAAGAAGAUGAGUUGGAAGCAGAUGAUAGUAAAGACAGAAAACGUGAUACAGAAAUGGGCCCUUUACCUUCAAAGAAAUCGCUAGAAUCUUUAUCAGUGGUAGAAGUUAAAAGCCCCAUCAACAAAGAAGCUUGUGUAAAAGUAUUACCUGUUACUGAAAUUAGACAAGAAUCGGAGCAGCAAAGAAGAGGCUUUGAAUUCUCCAAGGCCGAAGGCGCAGUGAUAAUUACGAAUAAAUCUCCUACAAACUCUCGUCACGAAGAAGCUGUUGUUAUGUUACACUCAGCUCCGUCGUCUCCAAGCACUUUGACGAGGGUCGGCCGAGUGCAAGACGAAGGAGUGAGUGAUUGCGGUACGAUAUCCUCCGACACCAAUGUAACUUGGCUGAGCAGCGAAUGCCCCAGCAUGUCUCCAAGUUCACCAAAUGCACUUCUGAAAAUCAACGACGGAAACUCGACACUGUCGAGCGAUAUUUCAUCAAUUACUCCGUGCCUUCAACAUCCAAAGAAAAAAGGCAAUUCUAUGGAAAAAGACGCGAAAAGACAUCGUCUUUCUAAAGGAUGCGCGGGUUCUUCAUUGGACCAAUGCGAUGGCGACAACGUUAAAGGUGAAUCAACAAGAGAUGAAAAUCAAAACACGAAGAGAGAUCGACGAAUGAGCCCAGUGCGUGAUAUUAUUGUUCGUGUUCUAUCGCCUAAGCUGAAAAAGAGGCCGAAGACUCUCGAAUGCGUUCCGACGCACGACGAUUCCAAAACCGAGUUGCCGCCUCCUCACAAACGGACUAAAUCGCUCUUAGAAGGGAAAGAUGUCGAAGAUUUGAACGCUAGUGAUGGCAACAGGAGUCCAUUGAGACCUCUUUCACCUGUGCGUUUCCGGGACAAAAAGCCUAAAGAGCGUUCGAAAGAAAAACGCAACGGUGUUUUGGUGUUUCGCGCCGGAUCGGAUGGUUUAGAAAUUCAUGAAGAUGUUACAUCACCAACGUCUUCAAGGUCCACAAUGUGUGGAGAGAAAACUAAACAAGAUGGACCCACCUCUCCUAAAUCUGCAAAUAAAGCGACGGACUGGGAGCGGCUAGCGACGUUUUUAGUCAUUAAACCAGUUGCCCCGAAAUCAAAAAUAAAGAUAAGCGACAAAGAAAAAAAGAAAGCUGGUAAUAGUCACACAGAUACUUCAUCAAAACCUGCAGAAAGGAUAAGGAUUUACGAGAAUCCUGCGAUCAGCUUGGAGAGUGAAUCUGGCUCACCAGCUUAUGAGCCCCGAUGUACUUCUCCUCAGUCUCCCACUAGAAGGUUGGCCAAACUUGAGGAGGGCGAUAAACUCACGGACCUUCCAACAGGACUAAAGCAGAAAAAUCGAAUCAGCACCGCUUCCACGGUAUCGCGGGUAUCUAAGUCAAGUUUAGAAUGGGAUCCAUCUUGCGCUUACGAGUAUGGUGAUGAAGAAGUCAUGCCUCCGCCGCCACCCCCACCCCCUCAGCCUAUACCCGACCUACCCCCCACACCCCAACCGAGUCCUGGGCCUGAGAGAAAAGCGGACUCCGCUGACCAUGUGGAGUGCGUCCAAGUGAGACUUGACCCAGCUCAUCGAUACAGCCUUGAAUGGGAUCCGACUGGCGUUCAAAUGAGGCUGAGUGUUAUUUCUCAAGAUUCUAAUGCAGAGGGGAAGAAAAGUGCCCCUUCACGACAGAAAACAGAACCAGAAUACGUUUAA